UAGACUAGUCAUAGCCACAUCUAAACCCCUUUCACAUUGGUUUGUCAGGAUCUGCUGUUUGUGGCUGUCGGCUUCUGAGACGAUAGCCAUGCAGUUUCUAGGCAGAGCCGUACAAGCUGCAGCCACUUACCGACCCCGUACAUGCUCUAGGUACAGCCUAAGAGGUCUUAGCAGUGCCACCAGCCACACGUCAGAGAAGAGUGUACCCUACACCACUACGCUAAAAGAAGAAAGUGCUGUCAAAAAGGGUCCAACAAAAUCUUUACCGCAGUCUGCUGAAGUGGUGGUUAUUGGUGGUGGCAGUCUAGGAUGUCAGACCACUUACCAUUUAGCCAAGAUGGGCAUGAAGAAUGUUGUUCUGCUAGAACGGGAUCGGCUUACCUCUGGGACAACAUGGCACACGGCAGGUCUCCUAUGGCAACUUCGGCCUAGCGACGUGGAGGUUGAGCUUUUGGCACACACACGCAAGGUGGUUAGCCAGGAUCUGGAGCAGGAGACUGGACUUCACACUGGAUGGAUCCAGAAUGGCGGUCUCUUCAUAGCCUCCAACAAGCAGAGGCUGGACGAAUAUAAAAGACUCAUGUCUCUAGGGAAGGUUUAUGGCGUGGAGUCAUACGUCUUGUCGCCAGCAGAGACUAAGGACUUGUACCCGCUCAUGAAUGUGGACGAUCUCUACGGCACCCUGUAUGUUCCAAAAGAUGGGACCAUGGACCCAGCGGGCACCUGUACCACCCUGGCCAGAGCAUCCACGGCUAGAGGCGCACAGGUCAUUGAAAAUUGUCCGGUGACUGGAAUACAAGUAAAAACAGAUGAUUCCGGUGUAAGAAGGGUUGCGGCGGUGGAGACGGAGUACGGCACAGUGCAGACACCCUGUGUGGUGAAUUGUGCAGGGGUCUGGGCCAGAAGCCUUGGACACAUGGCCGGAGUGAACGUCCCCCUGGUUGCUAUGCACCAUGCCUACGUAGUGACAGAGAGGAUAGAGGGAAUACAGAACAUGCCAAAUGUGCGGGACCACGACGCUUCGGUGUAUCUGCGUCUCCAAGGUGACGCUCUGUCCGUGGGCGGCUAUGAGUCAAAUCCGAUAUUCUGGGAAGAGGUCUCUGACAAGUUUUCCUUUGGGCUCUUCGAUUUGGACUGGGAUGUCUUCAUGCAGCACAUCCAGGGGGCAAUCAACAGGGUUCCUGCCUUGGAGAAGACUGGGAUUAAGUCCACGGUGUGUGGCCCAGAAUCCUUCACUGCUGACCACAAGCCUCUCCUAGGAGAGUCUCCUGAGGUGCGCGGCUUCUUCCUGGGCUGCGGAUUUAACAGUGCAGGUAUGAUGCUGGGCGGUGGAUGUGGGAAGGAGCUGGCGCACUGGAUAAUUCAUGGCCGCCCAGAGAAGGAUAUGUACGGCUACGACAUCAGGAGAUUCCACCACUCGUUGACCAAUCACAACCGCUGGAUGCGUGAACGCAGCCAUGAGUCCUACGCUAAAAACUACUCUGUAGUUUUUCCAUAUGAUGAGCCUGUGGCUGGAAGAAAUAUGAGAAAAGAUCCUCUGCAUGAGGAGCUGCUGAAUCAGGGCUGCAUUUUCCAGGAGCGCCAUGGCUGGGAAAGGCCAGGAUGGUUUUACAGGAAGGGGUCAGCUGCGGUUCGAGACUAUGAUUAUUAUGGAGCAUACGGUGUUCAGCCACACAAGGAUUACACAUACAGCAAACUCCUAGAGGAAGAGUAUACGUUUGACUUUCCCCCGCACCAUGAUGUGAUCAGAAAGGAGUGUCUUGUGUGUCGGAACUCGGCGGCUGUCUUCGACAUGUCCUACUUUGGAAAGUUCUACCUUGUUGGACCAGAUGCCAGGAGGGCGGCGAGUUGGCUCUUUACUGCAAAUGUCGACAAGCCCACAGGCUCUACUGUAUACACCUGUAUGUUAAACAAGAAUGGCGGCACGGAAAGUGAUCUCACGGUCAGUAGGAUAACCCCAGAGAAGUCGCCCUCUUCCCUGGCACCUGACUUUGAAGGGGAUGGAUUCUAUCUGGCCAUUGGAGGAGCAGUCGCUCAGCACAACUGGAGCCAUAUCACCACUGUCCUUCAAGAUGAGAAAUUCAAUUGUAAACUUAUUGACUGUUCAGAGGACCUGGGGAUGAUCAGCAUACAAGGGCCUGCCAGUCGCUCCAUUCUGCAGGAAGUCCUGGAUGAAGAUUUGAGUAACGAAGCCUUUUCAUUCUCCACUCACAAGAUUGUAACUGCAGGAGGAUUCAAGGUCCGUGCCAUUCGCUUGUCCUUCGUGGGAGAGAUGGGCUGGGAGCUGCAUAUGCCCAGAGAAGCCUGUGUACCUGUAUACCAGGCAGUCAUGGCAGCCGGUGCCAAGCAUGGCAUUGUCAAUGCUGGAUACAGAGCCAUUGAUUCCCUCAGCAUUGAGAAAGGCUACCGUCACUGGCAUGCAGACUUGCGCCCGGAUGACACACCCCUGGAGGCCGGGCUUGGCUUUACUUGCAAGCUGAAGUCCAGCACCCCAUUCUUGGGACGAGAUGCUUUGGAGAGACAGAAAUCUGAAGGUCUGCCCAAACGUCUGGUGGGCUUCACUAUUAACGAGUGA